CGAAUAUCGGCAAUCCUCCCGUUCGCGUUCGCUGUGGUAUCAUUUUCUUUAACACUAGUGCUUUUGAUUGCAGGGAGCAAGCCGGGGUAUCUCGAUGAGGAUUUUAUCAUCUCAAUAAACGCUUCAAAAGUCGGUCAAGACAUAAUACGCCUUGAGCAAGCAACACCCACAUCCACGCCACCGACCUCCACUGCCUCAUCAACAGCAAACCCACUAGACUUUCUAAAUCCACUCUCUACCUCAAAUCCCUUGAACCCAGAUAACCCCAACAAUCCUCUCUCGGGCUUACUUGGUCCUAUCACUGGAAACAUUACGGACGCUCUAAACGAAGGAAUUGAAGAUAGCCUAAACACUAUCGUAGGAGCCCUAGUGGAUGCUGCCGGCGUCCGUGAUUUCUACCAUUUGUUUCUCGAGUCCAUUUGUGAAGGCGAUGCCACAAAUUCUACGGACGGGGAGAGUGAGGUUAAGAUUGAUCAAUGCUCAGGCUAUGAUGAUAAGGCUGCUGGCCUAAACAACUUAACAUCCAAAAUCCACUCUUCCAUCGUAAUUGGAACCACAAACGUCUCAGUCCCCCUAAUCGCCUCCCUCCAAUCCUCUUUUACAUCUCUCUCAGCAACUGCAGGGGGGGUUCGUAAAGCAAUCAUCGCCUUCCUCAUCAUCUCAAUGCUAGGUUCCGGUCUCGCGUUCUUGGUCACCCUCCCAGCAAUAUACUUCACGGAAUCUAGAAUCCUCAUCUACAUCCUCCUCUUCAACGCCACACUUGCAUCAACAUUCCACUUGCUCGCCGCGGUAAUUCUGACGGGUCUUAUCGUGGCAGCUGCAUCAAUUGUGAAUGGGCUUGGUGAUGCAGUGGGCUUGCAUAUUGGACAGGGAAAUAAAGUGUUGUUGUUUGUGUGGUUAGGGUGGGGAUUUGUGACGCUAGUGCAGAUGUAUUGGUUUACGGUCUGGUUUGUUGAGGUUCGGACUUGGAGUUUUGUGAGGAGGGUGAGGAACGAGAAUGAGAGAGGGAAUUGGAGGGGCGUGUGGAGGGAAGUUUGGGGAGAUUUGAAGGGUCGGAAGGGG